AUGGCGGCGGCGGCGGCCUCGGCCCAGCGGGGCGGCGGCGGCGGCGGAGGCGGCAGCGAUCCCGGGGCCGAUCCCGGAGCCGGGGCCGGCGGCGGCGAGCCCGCCCCGCCACCAGGGGGCGGCGGGGCCUCCUCGGACCAGAUCAUGCAGACCGGGGCGAUCCUGCUGCGGGCGUUCGUGCGGGACCGCGUGCAACGCUGCGGGGACCCCCAGGCCGUGGCGCUGAGCGAGGCCGAGCUGGGCCAGCCCCAGCCCAGCAGCCCCGACACCAAGCGCCUCAGCGAGUGCCUGCGCCGCAUCGGCGACGAGCUGGACAGCAACAUGGAGCUGCAGAGGAUGAUCGAGCAGGUGGGCUGUGACGCCCCCAAGAAGCUUUUCUUCCGCGUGGCCCGGGAGAUGUUCGCCGACGGCACCUUCAACUGGGGCCGCGUGGUCGCCCUCUUCUACUUUGCCUGCAAGCUGGUGCUCAAGGCUCUGUGCACCAAGGUCCCGGAGCUGGUGCAGACCAUCCUGCGCUGGACCAUGGAGUACCUGCAGGAGCAUGUGCUGGCCUGGAUCCAGGCCCAGGGCGGAUGGGAAGGGCUCCUGUCCCACUUCGGGACCCCCACCUGGCAGACCAUCACCAUCUUCGCCGCAGGCGUGCUCACGGCCUCGCUGACCAUCUGGAAGAUGUCCUAGACUCUGGGGGGGGGGGGGCCACGGUCUGUGCCCCCUCCUGGGACCCCCGGACUGGCCCUGCCGGCAGGGAUGGUGCUGACCCCGGGCCCGGGGGCUUUUUAACCGACACCACUCGCUUACCUGGAUCGUGGGGCGGUGGGCGAGCUGGGGGGACCCUCCCCUGCAUUCCCCCAGACCCCCCCAGAGGCCACAGCUGGAAUUUGGGGGUUUGGGGGGUGGAGACCCCCCCAGCCCUGCCCUGCGUUUGUGG